AGAAGCUGCAGUGUCUUGAAGGAAGCUGCGAGGCUGACAGACAAGUUUGCAGGCGGGAGAGACGCGAGGAGGAGGACCAAGCAUCAACAUCAUAUACUGUACUUACUGUACACGUACUGUACACUUACUGUACGGAGGCAGAGGACCGAGGCUGGAUUGUCCUCCCUGGCGGUUGAUCAUGCCCAGCAGCGUCAGUCCAAGCUGAAGGCUUCCUGGUCUGUGGUGAUCCAGACCUUGGACUUAGAAGACCAUCAUCAUGGCGUGCAGCUGCUGCAGCUCGGCGUGCCGUCUGACCUUCCACUCGUGGAGCCUUCUGGACUUUCAACACGAAGACUUGUCCCAAAUGACCGCCGGCCUCUAGCUCGCCCGCUCGUCAAAACCUUCAGAGACGUCCUCCAUGUUGUCCUCGGUCUUCUUCCUCGCCCGGGACGUGAAGGACUGACUCUGUCUCUUACCAAGCGUUCCUGAGGAUUGUCUUCUGAGAGAAUUGGAUUAGAGAUGGAUUAUGAGUGAAACAUCUGCCUGAGCGUAAUCCCCUUGUGCUUCUGCAGAUUACAUCCAUGGAGAAGCGCGACGAGCUGGAGCACCCUCUCCUGGGGGAGCACCCCCUGCUGGGGGAGAACCCCCACCUCUUCAAGGGGCUCCUGGUCAAGUGCGAGGAGGACCGGGCCUACCCUCCGCUGGCCUGGAGGGCCUACCCCCCUGACGUGGUCCAGCAGCCCCAGCAGCUGCUGGACCCCUGCUCCCUGCCCCGCACGCUCGAGUCCCUUUACCCGGCCGCCCCCGCCUGGGGCCCCGCCGACUACCUGGAGACCACCUUUGUGGACGUGGGGCCCGCGCUGGAGAGCAAGCUGCUGGCCGAGGACUUCCACAGCGCCUCCUGCAGCUUGGACGACGAGGACGACCUGCUGCCCGACUCCGACGACUCGUCCAUGGGAGACUUCAGCGACAGUGACAGCGACAGCAACUUCCCUCUAAUGAUCCCUCAGGACUACCUGGGCCUCGCCUUCUUCUCCAUGCUCUGCUGCUUCUGGCCCCUGGGCAUCGCCGCCUUCUACCUCUCGCAGAAGACCAACAAGGCUUCGGCCGAGGGCGACUACCAGGGGGCCAACGCGGCGUCUCGCCAGGCUCUGUGGCUCUCUGUCCUCUCCAUCGUGUUCGGGAUCAUCACCUACGUCUGCGCCAUCGCCGCCCUCAUUUCCUACCUGUCCGCCAAGCUGCCGUAAGAGGCCACGCCCACUAAACAAGGGACCCUGUGCACGCCAGUCGUACUAACGACAGGAAUAACCAUCGUUUUACUGCAUCCAUUCUUCUCCUUUCAGUUCUGACUUGUUAGAUUUAGCUCCCUGCAGCACUCUCUGACCCGUGUGUGUGCGUGUGCGUGUGUGUGUGUGUGUGUGUGUUGCCACGUUGGCUAAACCAAAGGUAGAAGAAACACUGUAGAUAUCAUCACAAAGAACAGGAGUCCUGAAAGUGUGGGCAGAGGAGUGAGCCCUGGGGGACCUCGCUGUGUUGAUUUGUUUCUGUUUGGAUGGCGGGCCUGACCCACAGAACCUUCCAAGGGACAAGACUUGGAGGGGUUAUGAUUACUGUCAUUUCUUUUGUGCACAAAGUUAGGUACGUAGCAUUGUUAGCGUCCGCUAGGUCAGGGGUGUCCAGACCUCUUGCACACUGAAAAAUCCAGGUUUAUUUGUCAUUUUCAAAACCGAUACAAUAUAUUGAUUUUUUUUAACCUUCAGGGCUCCUUUCAAAUAUGGUGCCGGGAAACCGCAAGUGUCAGUCAUAAUAAUGUUAAAAAUACGUCAUA